AAAAUUGGGUGUAAAUUGGGUGUAAGGAAAUAACAAAUCCUUGUACGAAAAAAAAAAAAAAAAACCUCCCCUACUUUCUUUGCCUGCUCGAUUAUCCUCGGAUUCUGGAGUCAUUCGUCUCAAGGGUUCAGGGGACGACGAACAGAGCCUCCUCAAAGUGAUCAAGCAAGAGAAACUUGUCACUUCUGGACCUAAACUCCAAACAGAUCCUCAAUCAAAAGCCUCUGGUUAAACCGAAGAUUGUUCAAACAUCAAGAUAGGUGCGUUUGUGCAUCGAUAGUGUUUGAACAUUGAAGGAAUGAAAAGUAAAACAUGGAGAUGGGUUUUAGGGUUGAUUUACAUUCUUGCUGUUGCAACCAUUUGGAUAGCUGCUAGUUUUGUAGUUCAAUCGGUUGUUGAUGGUGGUGUAUCUCCAUUUCUUGUCACAUACAUAUGCAAUUCACUGUUUGUAAUAUACAUCCCAUUAGUAGAAAUCGGGCGUUAUUUGGAAGAUAAGUAUGCAAAUGCAAAUUUCCUUUUUUGGAGAAGUAAAGAUGAUACUAACAAUAAUAAUAAUAACACCUCACAAGGAAUAAAAGAAUCAGAAGCGAUCAACCUUCUUGUAGAGAAAGAUGUUACAGAGGAAGCUGUUAAUGAUGAUGAUGAUGAUGUCAGCAUGGAAACUAAUGUUGUGUUUCCAAAUGGAGAAGAAUUAUUGGACUCAAAAGGGCGUUGGACUCGAAUAAGAAUUGCAAAAAUCAGUCUUUUAAUUUGCCCUUUUUGGUUUCUUGCACAGCUUUCGUUUAAUCUAUCUUUGAAGUAUACAACUGUCACUUCGAAUACCAUUUUAAGCAGUGCAUCAAGUCUCUUCACCUUUUUGGUUUCUCUUGUAUUCUUGGGAGAAAAGUUCACUUGGAUAAAACUUUUGAGUGUUCUUCUUUGUAUGGGAGGGACUAUAAUUGUAAGUUUAGGAGAUUCAGAAAGUGGAGCAACUACAGUAGCUUCAAACCCUACUCUUGGAGACAUUUUUGCCCUUGUUUCAUCCGCUUUCUAUGCUGUUUACAUUACCCUUAUCCGGAAAAACUUACCUGAUGAAGAUGAUGAUGCAAAAACCGGGAGUGGGAAAGUCAGCAUGGCACAAUUUCUAGGGUUUUUAGGGCUGUUUAAUCUCUUGAUCUUUUCCCCUGUUGCCCUUAUACUUCAUUUGGCUAGUCUUGAGCCUUUUGAUACAAUUAGCUCCAAGCAAUUUGGUCUAAUUGUUGGAAAAGGUUUAUUGGAUAAUGUGUUGAGUGAUUAUUUAUGGGCAAAAGCUGUUUUACUGACUACAACAACAGUAGCAACAGCAGGGUUGACUAUUCAAGUGCCAUUAGCGGCUAUUGUGGAUACUGUGAUAGGAAAUGCACCCGGUUUCAUGGAUUACAUUGGGGCUGCUGCUGUCAUGUUAGGGUUUGCAGGCAUUAACAUACCUUCGGACACGUGUACAGCUGUAAAAGAAUCCACUGUUGAACUUGAAGAAAAUCAUAUAACUACAACUGAUCAUCAAUGACAUAUGUUAUUAGUGUUUACCAUUUGAUAUAUAUACGGAUUUUGUUGUGAUGUUUUAUGAUAUAUUUUUCAUCGAUAGUGUAUAUGAGUGUAUUUAGAAUAUUUAGAAUAUGGUGGAUUUCCCAUGUUAUAUACGAUACCUUUCAAUUAUACUUUUA